UGUAGACCAGGAAGUACCGAGUGCUACAAAUCACCACAAACAUCACUGAAACUGUAACAGUCAGCAACGCUGUGACAGUUUCCUGUCCCACGUGUUUUCUAUCGUAUUGUAACAAUGGCGGAAGAGAUUUCCUGCUUGAAGGCACGGCUUAUGGAGAAAGAAAAAGAGAUAGUUGCAUUGAAGAAUAAGCUGGCAUUAGAAAAGAACAGUUUGACAGACCUGCAACUGCAGGAGAAAGUGACAACACUUCCACCUCUGAAACUCAAGGCAGCCCUGUGCAAUGAAGACAUCAUGCGCUACAGCAGACAGCUUAUACUGCCAGAGUUUGGUGUACAAGGUCAGCUAAACCUCUCCCAGACAUCAGUGCUGGUUGUGGGGUGUGGAGGACUAGGCUGUCCCCUGGCACAGUAUCUAGCUGCAGCAGGAAUCGGGCGUGUGGGUCUUCUGGACUAUGACGAGGUGGAACUGAGUAACCUGCACAGACAGGUGCUCCAUGGAGAAGACAGCCAGGGACAGGCCAAGGCCCAGUCUGCUGCCCAUGCUGUCAGAAGGUUGAACUCCACAGUAGAAUGCAUUCCCUACCACCUCCAGCUGUCUCCAGAAAAUGCAUUACAGCUCAUCCAACAGUACGACAUUGUGGCUGACUGUUCGGACAACGUUCCCACCCGGUAUCUGGUGAAUGAUGCCUGUGUCCUUAGUGGCAAGCCCCUAGUAUCUGCCAGUGCCCUGAGAAUGGAGGGCCAGCUGACAGUGUAUAACUACCGUGGAGGCCCCUGCUACAGGUGCCUGUAUCCAAAGCCUCCACCCCCAGAGAUGGUGACCAACUGCUCUGACGGAGGGAUCUUAGGAGUAGUGCCAGGGAUCAUGGGAUGCUUCCAAGCAUUGGAGGUCCUGAAGAUAGCCUCAGGACUAGGCUCUUCCUGUGGCCAACAGCUGUUGAUGUUUGACGCCCAGGAUGCCAAGUUCCGGUCCAUCAGGCUGCGGUCCAAGCAGGCCAGCUGUGCUGUGUGUGGAGAGAACCCCACUGUCACACACCUUGUAGAUUAUGAGAAGUUCUGUGGGUCUUCUGCCACAGAUAAGUGUCGAAGACUAAACCUUCUCUCCAAAGACCAGAGGGUAACAGUGCAGGAGUAUAAAUCUAUAGUGGACAACACAGCUGCUCAUCUCCUGCUGGAUGUUCGCCCUCUAGUGGAGGUAGAUAUAUGUCACCUACCCACCUCCCUCAACAUUCCUCUAUCCAGUUUAGAGGACAGAAAAAGUGAACAUAUCCGAGUGCUGAAGGAGGGAAUUGGCAGAGUGAAAGAGGAGAUGUUGAAUGAAUCUCAGGUCCCAGUAUAUGUGAUCUGUAAGCUGGGUAAUGACUCCCAGAAGGCAGUUCAGGUCUUGGAGAAGAUGUCAGGCUCUGAAGUGGACUUUGUCACUGUUAAAGACAUCUGUGGAGGGCUGAUGGCCUGGGCACAGAAGAUAGACCCCUCUUUCCCACAGUAUUGACUCAAUGUCACAGGUUCUGCACUGUGGAUUCAUGACUUUGUUAAUAAACAUGUUCAGAAAUGUCAUCAUAGCGACCAUUUUUCUACCUUGUUUUAUGUAUGCUGGUUCCAUUGGACAUGGCAAAUAUGACUGACAAGAUUAAAUUGCAGUUACAUCUUAAAGCUGAAAAGUGAAAUAAAUAGUCACAUAUCUGCUGUU